GUAGUGUUUGAAAUGACCAAAAGGCCAUAAAUUGUAAUGUUGUAUCUUCUCUACCCCGUGACCCAGCCUUCCUCGACAAACAAGUUCAUUUCAAAACAUAACUCUGCUCUCACCCUCCGUUCGACGGCGAGGUUUGGACGACGGCGACUCCUUCAGCUUUCCGCAACCCAUCACUCGACGUCGACUUCCUCAUUCGACGGCAUUCGUUCUUCAGACAAAAAAAACACAUCACUCCAAGGCUAGGUCCCUCGACGGCGAUUUCCUCAAACCGUACCAAACCAUCACUCGACGGCGACGACGGCGACUUCUUCAGUCUGGAGUAAUCUGGGUUGUGUUUGUAACGCGAAGUCGAAAGCAAAGUUUGCGAGUUAGCAUUCUGUACUCAAAGAUGUCAGAUAUAAGGAAGUGGUUCAUGAAAUCCCAUGUCAAGGGCAAUGGUGGGGAAUCAAAGCCUGCAAAUCCUGCCCCAAGCAAUUCGGAGACCCUGGUACAUGGAGGCCAAGAAAGUUCAGUCAGGAGGAGAACUAGCAAGUAUUUUGCAACUGACAAACAAAAGCCAGAAGACGAAGAGGAAACAAAGGAACUUCCAGCAAAAAGAAAGACUCAAAAGGAUAGCACUGAAUCAUUGAAACCCACGCCCUCUAAAAAAGCUCAUAAAGUUGAAGAUGACGAUGACGACUUUGUCUUGCCUAGUUCAAGGAAGAAUUUGGUUGAUGUGACUCCUAGCAAGAAGCUGAAGAGUGGAUUGGGUAGGGGAAUUUCACAGAAACCUGUGGAUGUUGAAGAAAGUGAUGAGGAAGAUGAUAAAGAUACUGAAACUCAAAAGUCUGGCGGAAGGGGUCGUGGUAGAAGAGGUUCAUCAGCAGCACCGGCUGGUGGAAGAGGCAGAGGUGGCGGACGGGGUGGAUUUAUGAACUUUGGAGAAAGGAAAGAUCCUCCUCAUAAAGGAGAAAAGGAAGUCCCUGAGGGUGCUCCCAAUUGCUUAGCUGGUUUAACUUUUGUAAUUAGUGGAACACUUGACAGUCUGGAGCGUGAAGAAGCAGAAGAUUUGAUUAAAAGACAUGGUGGUCGUGUCACUGGAUCCUUCAGCAAGAAAACAAAUUAUCUUUUAUGUGAUGAAGAUAUUGGAGGACGGAAGUCUGCUAAAGCCAAAGAGCUGGGUACCAAGAUGCUCACUGAGGAUGGGUUGUUUGAUAUGAUCCGUGCAUCAAAACCUGCACAAGAAGAAUCAAAGAGACCAGUAUAUAAGGCUGCGCCUUUACCAAAGAAAAGUCCACAGAAAACAGAAGCAAACAAAGAUAGCGUCAGCAAUUCCGUGGAAAUGAAAGCCAGCAGAGGAUUGACCCCAGGGGCAUCUCCGGCUAAGCGAAAAAAUCAAACUGUUGAGAAAAAUACUUUGACAUGGGCAGAAAAGUAUAGGCCGAAGAUCCCAAAUGAGAUUGUUGGAAAUCAGUCGCUGGUUAAGCAGCUUCAUGACUGGUUGGCACAUUGGAAGGAGCAAUUUCUUGAUACUGGAACUAAUAAAAAGGGCAAAAAACAAAAUGAUUCUGGUGCCAAAAAAGCUGUCCUCUUGAGUGGAACACCAGGCAUUGGAAAAACAACUUCAGCAAAGUUGGUCAGUCAGAUGCUCAGUUUCCAGGCAAUAGAGGUAAAUGCUAGUGACAGUCGUGGGAAGGCUGAUGCCAAAAUUGAAAAAGGAAUUGGUGGAAGCAAUGCAAAUUCUAUAAAGGAACUUGUCAGCAAUGAGGCCCUGAGUGUUAACAUGGAUCGUUCAAAGCAGCCAAAAACUGUACUGAUUAUGGAUGAGGUUGAUGGGAUGUCUGCUGGAGAUAGGGGUGGGAUUGCUGACCUUAUUGCCAGCAUCAAAAUUUCCAAAAUUCCGAUUAUCUGCAUUUGCAAUGACCGAUACAGUCAGAAACUGAAAAGUCUUGUUAACUACUGUUUGCUUCUUAGCUUUCGGAAACCUACAAAACAACAGAUGGCAAAGAGGUUAAUGCAAGUUGCAAAUGCAGAAGGCCUUCAAGUUAAUGAAAUUGCUGUUGAGGAACUUGCAGAAAGAGUUAAUGGAGAUAUGCGAAUGGCACUAAACCAGUUGCAGUACAUGAGCCUCUCCAUGUCGGUCAUUAAAUAUGAUGACAUUAGGCAGCGUCUUCUUAGUAGUGCAAAGGAUGAAGAUAUUUCACCAUUCACUGCCGUUGAUAAGCUGUUUGGUUUUAAUGCGGGGAAAUUGAGGAUGGAUGAGCGGAUGGACCUGAGCAUGAGUGAUCCUGAUCUAGUCCCUCUUCUUAUUCAGGAAAAUUAUAUGAAUUAUAGGCCAAGUUCAGUUGGUAAGGAUGACAAUGGAAUCAAACGAAUGAACUUGAUUGCCCGUGCUGCUGAGUCUAUUGGUGAUGGGGAUAUAAUCAAUGUACAGAUUCGACGAUAUCGACAAUGGCAACUCUCUCAAAGUGGUUCCCUUGCAUCAUCUAUAAUUCCUGCCGCCUUGUUGCAUGGACAGAGGGAAACACUUGAAUUGGGUGAGAGGAAUUUCAACAGAUGGGGGUGGCUGGGAAAGAAUUCAACAAUGGGCAAAAACCGGAGGCUUUUAGAGGAUUUGCAUGUUCAUCUUCUUGCUUCUCGUGAAUCUAGUUCAGGGAGGGAAAACCUACGAGUAGAAUACCUUACUCUUCUUCUUAAACAGUUGACUGAGCCACUGCGAGUGCUGCAUAAGGAUGAAGCUGUUCAAAAGGUUGUUGAGUUUAUGAAUAUUUACUCAAUAACCCAGGAGGAUUUUGAUACUAUUGUGGAGCUAUCAAAAUUUCGGGGACAUCCAAAUCCACUGGAUGGUAUACAGCCUGCUGUGAAAGCUGCUCUCACCAAGGCUUACAAAGAAGGAAGCAAGUCAAGAAUGGUACGAGCCGCUGAUUUGGUUACGCUUCCUGGAAUGAGAAAAGCUCCUAAAAAGCGAAUCGCAGCAAUGCUAGAGCCAUCUGAUGAUGGAUUUGCUGAUGUCAAUGCUGACACAUUGGCAGAAAAUGAAGAAGAAAACUCUUCGGAUACAGAGGAUUUAGACAGUACUGCCAAUGGUGAGAAGUUGCAGUUGGAACUUCAAAGUUUGAAUUCCAAAGGAGUGCAAGUAGAAAUGGAUCUGAAGAGCACAGGAAACUCAGGUGCUAAGAAAACACCAGUUGGCAGACGAAAAGGUGGUUCUGGACCUACAGAGAAGAAAGGUGGGCGAGCUGCAGGGGCUGGUGCCAAGAGAAAGAGAUGAAAAAAUAAAGAAAUUUGAGGAUUGGAUAAGUUUUUGCAUUGUUCAUAAUCGUUGUAGGUAGGUUUACCUCAUUUUGCCGUGUAGUAAUUUGAAAAAGAACUGUAGAUUUUCCUCCUUUGCGCUGUUUCUGUGGGUUCAUGUGAGCGUUGGAAGGCGUUACCUGCUAUUACUUAAUUCGCAAAAAAUGCUAUUUUUGUCAUCGAUAUAAACACAUGGAAUAGUCUUUGUGAGUAAAACUACGAUUAUGAUU